GACAACCGCCAACACGGCGAUUUCCAGCACCCCAAAACUGUCUUGACUCAGCAUAGAAAUUUCCAUUUGUUUCAUUUUGGGUCUGAGCAUAGCAAACUGGUAUUGAGUCUUGCAUUGUAGGACACAAAUAAGAAUUCAAAAUGAUAGACGUAACGGUGAAGACACUGGACUCGCAGAAUAAAAGUUUUAGUGUCCCAGGAGAUUUAACUGUACGCCAAUUUAAAGAGAGAAUAGCAGAUUCAAUUAGUAUAUCUGCAGACACACAAAGGUUGAUUUUUCAAGGGAGGGUUAUGCAAGAUGAAAAGCUACUGAAAGACUACAGUGUCCAUGGAAAAGUGAUACAUGUGGUUCACAGAAUCCCGCCAUCAUCUCGUCCCCCUGCUGCCUCCCCUGGAGGUGCCACACCUUCAUCUCGUCCCCCAGGAGCUCGGGAUGCUAACAGUUUUGUCAUUGGCUCAGUCUCAGUUCCCUCUGAUGCUGUUGAUGCAGAUGAAAUCCAGAACAUUGUACAAGAUGCCAUCACUGGGAUGGGAGAUAUGGGAAGAAAUGCAAGAGUAUCAACCAGAACCUCUAAUGAUGGAUCCUCCGUAGAUGUACACAUACAUUUGGGUCAAGGUCAAGGUCAGGUGGAAAGUGAAUCACAACAGAGGAUUAACCAUGCAAGACAGAUGUUACGGAUAGCUGGAGACAAUUUGCAAACACUUGAGAAUCAACAAAGGGCGGGUGAAAGUACAGAAUCAUCACCAAUGGAUAGCACUAUAGCUUCAACACCACAGAGAGAUCCACCCCAGCAAUCAAGUGGGGAAAACAAUGAUGUAACCAUGGAAAGUGAAGAGCCAGAGACAACUACUAGUAACCAAUCACAGGCAUCAGCUAGUCAGACCAACAGCCAAUCACAGGAACCAAGUCAGGAGGGGAAUGGAUUACCUCAAAAUGGAGCAACUCCAGAACAACCAAGGAUGGUUCGCCCACGCAUAUCAGCCUUAGGAGAAAUGUUGAAUGAAGUUCAUGAGAUAAAUCGCCGGUUCCAACCUUUCCUUGAGAGAUACCAGCGUCUUUUGCUGGAUGACCCAGAAUUGCCUGAGCAGGAAAUACAAGAGAACACCCAACUGUGUAAUUUGGUAGGGGAAAUAACUCACGCAAUCAGUCAUUGUUACCACAACCUGAGUGAUUUAAUGAUAGAUCUGAAUCAAGCCAGGCCUCGGCAUCUGUAUGCAGCUUUUAUCUCUCCUCCUGUCCAGACCACUCUCAUACACCAACAGACUAUACCAGUUCACAUAGGCACAUCGCCUCGUCAGAGCCCUCACAUGGCAAGAAGGAAUACAGGGACUCAAUCAAGCGUGUCCACCUCAUCAAGUUCUACGUCAACUUCUACACCAACCACAAAUGCUGCUGGAUCUCAGACAGAGAGAACUGGUACUCAAUCCACUGGGACUAGUACAGGACCCACAUUUACAUCAGGAAUGGCACAAGCUGGAGUCGCAGGGAACCCACCAGAGGGCUCAGAACCUUUGUUCCAGGUUAUAGACAUGGGCCCAGAUUCUGUGACAGAAAUUUCUGCACAUGUCAUUACAACCGAGAGAGAAAUGCCAACAGGUUCUUCUCCAGUGACUGCUGCCCCAACCAUCAGUACCAAUGUCCCUGGCAUACCACCUGAUCUGAUCCAAAACAUUGUAUCUUCAGUGAUAGGGCACAUAGAUCCAUCUGGUAGAAUGCAAGGGAAUAUUCCAGGAGCCAGAAGUUAUGCUGAGGCUGCCACUUCUACCCCAAUAACAGCAGUUCCCAGCAAUACAUCAACAUCAGAGACUAACUCAAGUUCUACACAAACCAGCAGAGGACAGACAAACUCUUCAGAGACUCAGACUUCUGCUUCCAGUACAAACACCUCUGGCACACAAACUCGUCCCCGUGCAGCAGCUUUUGUAAUGCCAGGGUUGCCAGGAGGAUUACCUCCAGGACUUCAUGGACUGUCAGGAAUGGGAGGACUGAAUGGGAUCAAUACAGGAAUGGGAGGGAUGCGAGGUGGCGUAGAUCCUUACUUGCCCUGCUCGUCACGACAUUUUCUCAGACAGCAAGUCAGAAAUGCUGCUGGUCAGGGAGCUCAAGUACAGAUUAGCAUGCCAAAUUUAAUGGCAAAUGUAAUGGGUCAACUACACACACAGCAGAGUGGACCCAGAACAACAGGAACAGCUAGUACCACACCAAACUCUACAUCUAGAACCACCACAAGCACUACAUCUACAGGGGGGUCUACACCAACAGCCCGUGUAGCUGGUGCAACCACCACCACAGGAACUCCUACAUCCACAUCCAGUUCCACCUCGUCAUCUGGAGCAAUGCCUAACUUUCAAUAUGCGUCAUUCCCUGGUGGACCCGGGCUACCCAGUGUCUCAAUACAGAUGGGAAGCAUACCUCCAGGAAUACCAGUUCCACCAGGCAUGUUUGGUGCAGGACAAUUAGGAAGUCUGUUCGGAAAUUUAAUGGGGAGUGGUGUGUUGAGGCAUGGUGCCCCUCCAAGUACUCCACCCACAGGUACUACAACUCCCCAAAGACCCAGACCUCCAUCUGAGCCCCAAAGAAACACAAGCACUCCUGCUGGAGCGCCACCGACAGGAGGACAGCCAGGAGAACCUGUUUUUGUACAGAUGCUGAGAAGCUUGCUGGCAGGGAGCCAACAACCAUCCGGUUCUCCCACCACCCCAUCUACUACUGCCUCCACCUCUACUGGAUCCACCACCAGCACUUCCUCAGCUUCCUCCAGUGCUGAACCUGUAAUGACUGAUGAUGUGUUUGCAUCCUUGGUUCAGGGAAUUAGCGGGAUUGUGACGAGGACAGCACUUGGACAGGGACCCCCAGAGACCAUCUCUAACUUUCUGUCAAGCCUGGGAGAAAGCCAUCAGAUUGUUCCGGGAGAAGGUUUUAUUCAUGAUGUUUUCAAUGUGGUGGCCAAUCAUCUGACUUUCCCACAUUUAAUCCAAGUAUUUUACGGUUCGGGCCAGCCUUUGGAUCAGCUAAGGAGACCACUACAACAGUUUUUCAGUGACAGAAUAUUAAAUGGCCAGGAGCCCAGUGCUGAAAACAUCGUAAAGGCAGUGGAUACCCUUGUUAAUGACAUGCAGGAGGAACUGAGAGAAACUGCAGGUGUAUCGGAAGUCAAACCACAGAUCAAUCUUGUUGAGACAUGGAAUAAUUUUUUCAGGGCACAGUUGAUAAGCGUCGUUACUUUCAUUAUGAGAGCUGAAUCUGAUGGAGGUUUCGGCCAGGAGCUGUAUAACAGAAUGAGAACAUCCUUAUCACUACUGAUCAUUCUCACUCGACACUGUUUAGUGGGAAGCAUAUCUGGCCUUCAGUCCCUCAUACACAACCGUUUGCAAUACAUCACUCGAGGUGUCAAUCCCAUGAUUCAGCAGUGGAUGAUAGGCGUUACUACACAGCAAUUAAAUCAGUUCCUGCCAACGAUAACAGUGACAGAGGCUGAUAUAACAACAUACCUAGUCCUGAAAAAAGACAAAAAGCCAAAGGAGGCUCCUAAACCCUCCCCCAUGGACACUACUUCCCCAGGGGCCUCACAGCCAGAAGAUGGAGAGACAAAGCAGAUGGAUGUGGAAACGUCAAAGUCUGAGGAAGCGGCUGCCCAGCCCAGCACUAGCAGAGUGAUGAAUGGAAAUAGUUCUAGCAACAGUUCCCCUGCUCCCAAACCAGAAUCAGCUGGGGCUGCCACAAGUACUAAUGGCUGGGAGAAAGAAGUCCCUGCAGAGUGGGUGCCAGUCAUAAAUGGGGAUGUACAAAAACAGAAACAACAAAGGCACCAGCCUCCAUACAGUGAUGCCUAUCUGAAUGGGAUGCCCCCAAAACGAAGACGACUGAUGACACAAGACAGGCCCGGGGAUCUUGCCAAUACAACUCAGUCCCUGACAGAUCACCUGAACCGAGCAGUGCAUGCAGCAGGGGUACAGCCCAUCAGCAGUAUGGACAACCUGAGGACUGAGGCUAGCACAGACACCGAGCUACAGUCAGCAUACGAAGAACAAAUCCACAACACCAUCUCUCACAGAGUGUGUCAUGAUACAGACUAUAACAAAGACAAAUUCCCUAACACAGAAACAUACUUUAACAAGGAUGAAGACAAGUAAUUAAUUUCACAGCAAGGAGAGUUCCAAAGUCUGAUGAUACGUGUACAGUCUUCAGUAUUUCAAUGUUCAGUUACAGCUUGUCAUAUCCUGAAGUUCACUCCAGUUAUGUUGGCAGCUUCUACAAGACUUCUAACAUGAACAAGUUGUAACAAUUUUGUUAUAAAUUAUUGAUUGUGGUACUCUUUGUCAUUAAAUGACAUGCUUGUAGAAUGUUCAUUGUAUUGCUAAUGUUACAUUUUAUAUCUUGAUUUCAUGAAAAGAAUGACCCAUGUUGCAAUGGAAUGCCAUGGAAGACUGGUAUUAUGCAACAAUUAAUUUUAUUUAUUUUAAGUAACAGUUGUCAUUGAAAUAAAUGUACAUAAUAUUGAAAAAAAA